UCUAAUAUGGCUAUCUUUUUAGCUAACUUACCAAUGUGGCUAACAUCUGCAAUAUACAUUUUGUCAAUAAUUAUUUAUAUUACUGUACUAUAUCCGUUUGACCUUCUGAUCGGAGGCAGUCCAUGCAACGACCUCUCCAUGGUCAACCCUCUGAGAAAAGGAUUAUUCGAGGGAACUGGACGUCUGUUCUUUGAGUUGUACCGCCUGAUGACGCUCAUGAAGCCGAAGGAGGGCGACGACCGCCCGUUCUUCUGGCUGUUUGAGUACGUUGUGUUCAUGAGUGGCCACGAUAAAUCAGACAUCUGCAGAUUCCUGGAGUGUAAUCCGAUCCUCAUUGAUGCAGUGAAGGUCAGUCCUGCUCACAGAGCGCGAUACUUCUGGGGAAACCUCCCCGGCAUGAACAGACCUCUGGCUACGGCUAUGGAUGAUAAAGUCGGCCUGCAGGACUGCUUGGAACUUGGACGCAUGGCAAUGUUUGAAAAGGUCCGCACCAUCACAACAAAGUCCAACUCGAUCCGGCAGGGGAAGAUGGGCCCGCUGCCCGUCACCAUGAACGGAAAAGAGGAUUACCUGUGGUGCACGGAGAUGGAACAGAUCUUUGGCUUCCCCAAACACUACACCGAUGUGAAUAACAUGGGUCGAGCUCAGAGGCAGCAAGUGCUCGGGAGAUCCUGGAGCGUCCCGGUGAUCCGACACCUGUUCGCCCCGCUGAAGGACUACUUUGAAUGUGAACAACAACUUUAAACAACAACUGUGAACAGCUGAUCCUGCCUUACAAACACCACGGUAUUCAAUCUGUCCUGAUUCACUUUUCGACGUGUUUUUCUCAUCGUUUUUAUCCGCUCUCACCAGCAGGCACCGACACUUCCUCCUCUCGGUGCGUUGAUCAAACUAUAAUCUACUCCUGAAGCACGAGGUGAGAUUAACGGGGGGUUAACUAUCUUUCUUUUGGGCUAAUCUCAGGUUAUCUGUUGUCACAACGAUGGUUAAAAAAACCUUUUCCUGACUGAAGGAUAAAGAUAAGGCAAAUGUGGCAGUGAAUAUAAGAUAUAGUGGGCCUAUCAUGGAAAAGCUAAGACAUUGAGCUGUCUGAGUGGAAAAGUACAGUACUGUGUUAAAGUCCAACUGCUGAGAAGCCUCAGUGGAAAUAUACUAUGUGAAUACUGUGUGCAACAAAAACGCGGGGUCAACCAGAUUAAGAACAGAGGCAUCCUGUUAUGUCCAAACUGAUAAGCCACAAGGUUGCAGAACUCAUUAUUCUCACACUAAAUCACCCACCAAGCAGGCGCAACAGUUCACAAGGGCAGUCUUGUGAGUGAAA